AUGAGAGGGGGACUCAACAGCGAAGCGGUACUGAGUAAUGAAGGUGAUUUCCAAAACAGCAUCAACAUUAAGCGGCUAAGCCUUAAGAGGAGACCCAGAGCGGUCAUCUGCGAUGCGGAAAAAGCACAAAGUGGCAUUUCACCCAGCCAGUGGCCUUCUGCAGAGUCCCUGUCAUCGUCAUCGAGCAGUGAUGACACAAGGCUGCUGGGAAUGUCUUCUGUACCCAAAGGACGACCUCCUCUUCCUCCACCUCACGGGUCCACCACAGAUAAAAACCAGCCCAGGAAUGAUGGAGGUCCGACUGCCAGAGUUCCUUCGUUGCAAAAACAGAACCCCGUGCUGGAGCAACAACACCUCAGCCUGGAGCAGGAGAUAGCAAGCCAUCUUCAGCCUGGUUCCCGUCGCCGACUGGCCAGCUUCGGAGGCGUUAGCUCCCCUGGCUCUGUUUCUCGCUUCACCGGUCUGGGUGCUUAUAAUGACACCAACAUUGAUAGCAAAGCUUCCAACGCAGGCAGUGAUAUCUAUGGACACCUUGGCUCCUCCCUGGGCAGCAGAGGCAGCACGGGAUGCCUCCAGCUGAGCCCGCAGAGCUCUGGAAGAAGUACCCCGGUGACAAGCCCCUUGCAGCUGCAGAAUGUCCGGGAUCAGAUGGUGGUGGCUCUGCAGAAGCUGAGAGAACUUGAGGAACAGGUGAAGAUCAUCCCUUUCCUCAAGGUGAAGAUCUCAGUCCUUCAGGAGGAGAAGAAGCAUCUGGCUUCUCAACUCAAGAACCAGAAUAAGGACACAGAGACGAGUACCGACGAAGGUUUUUUCACCAAAGAGAAGCGAGACUGCUAUGACUUUGGUGACCAGGAAGAUGAAAUGCUGGCACUCGAAAGAGCCAUCAAAAGCAGACAUUUCCCAGCAUGGCAAGAAAAAAUCCAUGUGAAUGAUGAUGGUGAUACUGCUAAAGAAGCCACCAAGGACAACAAAUAUAAAUCCAUUGCAGCACGUAACAUGGAACUGGAAGCAGAAGUUGAAUCUCAACAUCAGACAAUUGGCAUCUUAAAGGAGAAGAUUUGUCACUUGGAGGCCGAGUUGAAAGAAUCUACUCUCCAAGCAGAGAUGAGUCGUCUGAAACUGGAGCUCCAAGCUGCAGAAGCCAGAAACCGAGCUGACAAAGCCUCCUCUGCCCACCCUUCGACCACUAGCAGCAGCACACAAGCCGGGCCCAGUACCAUCAGCCAGGGCGUGGGCAACCACACCGAGCUAAGAGAUGCCAGCACAGGAGAUGUGAUCCAGGUGAAGAACGUUGCUGUGUCGUGUUGUGGACCUGACUUGAAGAACGUCUGCGCUGGACCCGAUCUACCAAUGAGCCACUGGGAGGUCAGAGAGCGAGUGGAAACCAAGGAGAAGGGUUCAGGAGUUCACAUUCUGACAAUCUCUCAAGGAGUCGGCGUGGAGGUGAAGGUUUGUGAUGUGGGAAGCAACACAGAAGCUCCAUGUGAGAAUUCACAGUCUAAGAAUCUCAAAUCGGUCGCAUGUGGAGAGUGUUCUGUGAACGUGGUCGUCCGUGAAGCAAAGAUCAUGGUCUCUAAAGGUGUGACCACAGAUCCAGUCAAAGGGGUCACUCUUGGACUCACGGCGUCACCGCAGACAACGUCUCAGCGUAGCAGCACCUCACUCAGCUCUGUGUCUCGCUUCACUAACACGAGGCAUGCCUUCAACGUGGACUCCAGCACCAACACUGUCCUCAAAAGCCAGCACAAGCACACCAACACCUCCAAGGCCCCCACCACGAGAACAGUGUCGGUUGGAAGCAGGCUCAAAGACACCAAGGGCAUCCCAAAGACCCGCACGGUUGGAGUGGGGACCAGUCCCCUGGAAGAACAUACCCAGAAAUACAAUACUCGGGACAUCGGUGUUGGGUUUGCUAGCAUUCACGAAAACUUUCUGGUUGGACUUAAAACCCAAAACAUGGCCUCUGGACCGUCCCAUCUGCCUGACCCAGUCAAGACGAGAAGUAUUGGUGUAGGGGAGGGGAGGAUACGUGAUCUGUCAGGUCCAAACAGUCCACAGGUUGCAUCUUCCCAGAGUAAUUCAGACCUGGAAGGCGCCAUAGAAAAGACACAGAGAGUGGUCAACCAGUGUGGAGAUCCUCUGUUGGUUCACCUGAGCAACAACCAGAGUCUCACAAGCUCCACAUUCUCAUGCAGUAACAAAGGAGGUGAAGAAGUCCAUCCAUUUGACUCAGCUAACACAGAAAGUCAACUCCCGCCUAAGCUGCCGGCCGACUCCUGUAAUUCCAACAAACCCAAUCCGGGAAUCUGUCCACAGGGCGGUUACGACUCGGAGGUGAAAAGAAUGAUACAGAUGUUAGAGCAACAGACAUCGUCAGCUAUGAGAGAUGGAUCUAAUAUGGGUGUUCUACGCAAGGGAGUGAAGAAAGACGGUGACCAAAGCUGUAGCAAUACCAGAAAAAACAUGAGGUUUAUGAAGGUGACCAGCGGGUUGAACCCUGUGUCACCUGACAAGGAGGAGGCGGAGCGAGCGCCAAUCAGGAAGUCUUCUCAGGACAUAGCACCAGCCAGACGGCUGAAAAGCGUCCCCAGCAAGGCAACCAAAGGGUCUACAAAAUCACAAAUCACCAAGAGGUGCAAGUUCACUGAGAAGAUGCUGUCGGCUUGCCAGGCCCUGAAGAUGCACCUAAAUGAGGGCAAACGUUUACCCGGCAGGGAACUGCGUGACUGCCUGCAGACGGUCCAGCAGGAAUGGUUCUCCGUGUCCAGCCCCAAGUCGGCCUCCGCCGAAUCCGUGGAAGACUACUUGUCCGGUUUCCGAGUCAUUUCACCCUCGCUGCUGCGACACGUGGCCAACAUGGCCGACGGCAACGGAAACACCGCUCUGCACUACAGCGUGUCGCACUCUAACUUCAGCGUGGUGCAGAAGUUACUCGAUGCCGACGUGUGUGAUGUCAACAAGCAAAACAAAGCGGGCUACACUCCCAUCAUGCUCGCCGCACUUGCCGCCGUGGACAAAGCAGAGGACAUGAGCGUGGUGGGGCGGCUCUUCGACAGAGGAGAUGUCAACGCCAAAGCUAGCCAGGCUGGUCAGACAGCUCUGAUGUUAGCGGUGAGCCACGGCCGGGUGGACAUGGUGCGUGCGCUCCUGGCCCGCGGGGCGGAGGUCAACCUCCAGGACGACGAGGGCUCCACGGCGCUGAUGUGUGCAAGCGAGCACGGCCACGCCGGCAUGGUGAAGCUGCUGCUUGAGCAGCCGGACUGUGACGCCAUGUUGAAGGACAGCGAUGACAGCACGGCCUUGUCCAUCGCUUUGGAGACGGGACAUCACGACAUCGCCGUUCUUCUCUACGCGCAUACCAACUUCUCCAAAGGACACGGCGAGGCUCAUCAGGGUGGCAGGUCGUGAACCGUCUCUGCUCAACGCUAGACGAAUGCCACAUUCCCAUGCUUUAAAAAUAACUUAAAAAAUCUUUCUAAAUCUAUGAGUCCAUUUCAAGAGAGCUAAAUGCAGCGUUUCAGUCAGUUGGAGAGAUGCUGUUGUUAUUUAUUGGACAUAACAAGUUGACUUUUCAACUUGAAUCACAAUUUGGAGAAGCUCAUUGGUGAACAUUUAUAUAGCACAACAACACAAGGGUACGACACGUGUAACACGCUUUCAUACCACUUUUAAAGCACAUGCAGAGUUAGAUAAAGCUGCCUGGAAUAGUUGCAAGGAGGUCUGACUACUCAGCCAGCUCCAUUUCCUUUAUGUUUAGUACCUUGUGUAAAGCAGGUACUUUGCACAACACAGCAGCAGCAGAACCAAUGUUGUAAUAGCAAUAAGGUGCCAAAUGCUCAGUCAGCAUAAAUAGCUGCAAUGACUUGAUUUUUUAACAGUGCGGCAAGUGUAACACGCAAGGUAGCCGUCCCAAUAUUUUUAAAGCUCACGCCGAGGUAGACAAAGCUGCAUGUAGCGAUGUUGUAAUAGCGCUAAGGAGGAUUGACUGCUCAGCCAGCAUGAAUACCGCUCAAAUUCUUCCAUUUGUAUUCCUUACUGAAGCAGAUGCAGCAUAUUGCGCAACAGAACCAAUGUUGUAAUAGUGGUAAGGACCAAAUGCUGAGUCAGCAGUAAUAGGAAGUAGCAAGUAAUAGUUAAUUGUAGUGCAGUAAGAGUAACACGCAUGGGUUUCACACCAGCAGCCAACCCAACAUUUUUUAAAGCGCAUACAGAUGUAGAUAAAGCGGCCUGGGGUUUGACUGCUCAGCCAGCAUUAAUAUGGCUAAUUUCUACUAUCCUUUACUUCCUUAAUAAAACAGGUAUAUAUCACAACAUAGCAGCAACAGAACCAAUGUUGUAAUCGUGGUGAGGGGCAAAACGCUCAGUCAGCACGAAUAGCUCGGGGGAGUUGACUGUAAAAAACAGAACAGCAAUUGUAACAUGAAUGACUAGCAAUAUUUGACAUCGCAUGCAGAGGUAGAUAAAGCCGCUAGAGGCCGGCCACUCACAAUACUUCAAAUGCAGAUAAUGCCAUCUUCAUUGUCACCAAUAGUACAGCAAGUCUAAGACACGUGACUUUCACACCAACAUUUUUGAAGCGUGCGCAGAGGUAGAUGAAGCUGCUUGUAAUAAUGCUAAGGAGCUUUGACUGCUCAGCCGCCAUUAACAGUGUCCUUCCAGUGGGUGGCGCCCUGGAACGCCUCCAUUACUGAGUGCCCGUGCAUGUCAAAUGCCUCUGAGUCAUUUCCCCGGCAAGUGCAAUCAAAUAAAACGAUACACAAGAGCCACUGCCGCCGUCAAUUUCCUGUUGCCACGGCAACAGGCGGCAGCUUUAAGCGCUCCUUGGGAACACAUUGCUCGGAUGACGUUGUUAUUACAGCGGCGCUGGCUAAUCCGAUCCGGCACACCGCAUUCCAACUUAAUUAGAAGUUGUCUUCCAAACAUCUGUCUUGUUUACUUCCA